GCUGAAUUAGAGAGAGAGAAAGAUAGAGCUAGAGAGAGAGAGAGCGAGAGAGCGAGAGAGAGAGAGACGUGAUUGUCCUUCCGUCUAUCUUCUAUCGGCGAAGUAUCACAAUUCGCGCUGUCUCGAGGACACAGGCUGUGCGGAUAGCUCAGGAAAGAAAUCUUGGAAUUAAAAUAUCCAUUCUUUUUUUUUUCUUCUUUUCUUUAAAAAUAUCCGAACUGACAAGGACACUGUUAUCUCUGUGCAAGCGGGAGCAACGGACGCUCCGCGUGAAUACAUCCCGGAAUGAUCCUCGCGGUUUCCUUAUCACCGAACGGGGCAGAAUAUGGAUUCUAAGCAUGAACGGUAAAACGGUUGAUUUCUUAAAAUAACAAUAUAAAAGACCGUCAUAUAUUUCAAGAAAUUGCUUGAAUGAGAAAGAGUGCGAAUACUCUUUCUCCCUCUCAAGUGAAACCAUUACAGCUCAAGGAAGGGAGAGAAAUAUAUAUCUGGACCCUGUAGAGAUAAAUUUAAUUAUUAUAAGCGUUUCCCUUUUUCGAUGCGAUUUUUUAUCAAAUAGAAUUGGCCGACCCCGCGGUACUCGUGAGAUGGUUCAGUCCAGUGGUAGAAGCGGGGACUCGUUACGUUGGGAUUUUUCUCAGCGCCGACACAAAGUGAAUCUUCCUUUGAAAACCAUCUGAUAAGGUGCUCGCCGAACGCUUUGCCAUGAGAACCGUUUUGAGUUGCGACGGCACGGGAGGCAAACGGACGUCGUGCAGAUGCACGCGAAGCUGCGCGAGGAAACUUGAGGGACUGGGGCUUCUCGCACUAAUGAGGGCUGUGGGAGUACUAGCGCACUGUUGGAGCCGGUUUCUCUUCUUGUACGUGGGAUUGCUGGCUGCUUCGGCACAGGCCCAAAACUGCAGCUACACCCUGCGGGAACCCAACGGGACCAUAGAGAGCCCGGGAUAUCCCUACGGAUACCCCAACUAUGCCAACUGCACCUGGGUGGUGCCCGCGCCCGAACACGCACGUGUGCAGCUGCUGUUCCAGGGGUUCGCCCUGGAGGAGGACUUCGACAUCCUGUCCGUCUACGACGGUCCACCCCGCCCCGGCAACCUGCUCGCCAGGCUGUCGGGGUUCCGGCUGCCUGCCCCCAUCGUGAGCACGGGGACGCACCUCACGCUCUGGUUCCUCUCUGACUACGCCGUCAGUGGCCAGGGCUUCAGGGUCUCAUACGAAGCGCUGCCCAGUUUCUCCUGUGGGGACCCAGGUCGUCUGCUGAACGGGGUGCAGCAGGGUUCCAGCUUCCGCAUGGGGGACCGCGUGCAUUUCGGCUGCAGCCCGGGGUACACCCUGGAGGGGCACGCCGUCCUCACCUGCCAGGCCACGCCCACUGGCACCGCCUCCUGGGACUUCCCCCUGCCCUACUGCCGAGCGGAUGAGGAGUGUGGCGGGACGCUGAGGGGUCAGGACGGGGUCAUCACCAGCCCAAACCACCCUCAGGAGUACAGCAACGAGGCGGACUGCACCUGGACCGUGCUGGCCGAGCCGGGGGAGAGCGUCUCCCUCUCCUUCUCACACUUCCAGCUGGAGGACGACUACGGCCUGCUGGAGAUCAGGGGCACGGAGGGCCCCGCCCUGUGGCUCAGUGGCUCCAGCCUGCCUCCCCCCAUCAUCAGCAGUAAGAACUGGUUGAGGCUGCACUUCACAUCGGACGGGAAUAACAGGAAGUCAGGAUUCCGCGCGCAGUACCAAGUGAAGAAGAUGAAUGAGCUCAGGUCUCGAGGAGUGAAACUGCUGCCCAGCAGAGACAACCAUCAGAAGAUCUCUGUGUUGUCCCAGAUGAGCCUAGCUCAGGGGCACAACCUGUGCCCGGAUCCUGGAGUCCCGGAGAGGGGGAAGAGAAAAGGGGAGGAUUUCAGGAGAGGGGCAGCGGUGCAUUUCUCCUGUGAUGAGGGCUAUGAGCUGCAGGGCUCUAAAAGCAUCACCUGCCUGCGCAUGAGCGACGGCUACACUGCCUGGAGCGAGGAGCGGCCCGUCUGCAGAGCACCCAUGUGUGGUGGACAGCUCCAGGGUCCUCGGGGAAUACUCACUUCUCCAAAUUUCCCCGUCCAGUACGACAACAACGCCAACUGCUCCUGGGUCAUCACAGCGACUGACCCCUUUAAGGUGAUUAAGCUGAUGUUCGAGGAGUUUGAGCUGGAGCGGGGCUACGACACGCUAACCGUGGGAGACGGAGGCUCUGUAGGAGAUCAGAAAACCAUAUUUCAUGUGUUGUCUGGCACCAGCACACCGGACCUGGUGGUCAGCACGGGACACCAGAUGUGGCUCAACUUCAGGACGGAUGACACCAGCGGGUCCCUGGGGUUCAAGCUGUCCUAUGAAGAAAUAGACCAGGGAAGCUGUGGAGACCCAGGGAUCCCCGCCUACGGCAAGCGCGAGGGGUCAAACUUCCAGCACGGAGACAAGCUGUAUUUCGAGUGCCUGCCUGCCUUUGAGCUGGUGGGGAAGAGGAACAUCACCUGUCAGAAAAACAACCAGUGGUCAGCCAAGAAGCCCAGCUGCGUGUUUUCCUGCUUCUUCAACUUCACGUCCCCGUCGGGCGUGCUGCUCUCGCCCAACUACCCGCAGGAUUAUGGGAACAGCGUGCACUGCGUCUGGCUGAUCAUCGCCUCGCCCGAGAGCCGCGUCAGCCUGGCCUUCAACGACCUCAGCAUCGAGAAGCAGUUCGACUACCUGUCCGUCAAGGACGGGGGCAAGGCCGAGGCGCCCGUCCUGGGCACCUUCUCCGGCGACGUCAUGCCCGCGCCCAUCACCACCAGCGGCCACGUCGCCCGGCUGGAGUUCAUGACCGACCACACCAACACCGGGCGCGGGUUCAACAUCAGCUUUACCACGUUUCGGCAUAACGAGUGCCCGGACCCGGGCGUGCCAGUCAACGCGCGGCGGUCGGGGGCGAGCCUGCAGCUGGGCAGCUGGGUGGGGUUCCAGUGCGAGGAGGGCUUCGUGAAGACCCACGGCUCCCUCAACAUGUCCUGCGUCCUGAAGGAGGGGAACGUGGUGUGGGACGGCACGGUGCCGCGGUGCGAGGCUCCCUGUGGAGGGUAUCUGAAGGGCUCCAGGGGGGUGAUCCUGUCCCCGGGCUGGCCCGAGCUCUAUAAGGAGGCGCUCAACUGCGAGUGGGUCAUAGAGGCUCCACAGGGGAACCCCAUCAAGAUCAUCUUCGACAAAUGUGGGCGUGGGGCAAUUAAGCUGAAGUCGGGGCAGUGCAUAGACCCUGGGAUCCCUGUGAACGGCCAGAGGCACGAGAAUGAUUUUUUUGUGGGGGCGCGGGUCACCUUCAGCUGCGAGGCGGGGUACUCUCUCAGCGAUGACGCCCCCCUGGAGUGCGAGCCCAACUUCCAGUGGAACCGGCCCCUCCCCAGCUGUGACGCGCUCUGUGGAGGCUACAUUCAGGGUAACUCUGGGACCAUCCUGUCUCCUGGGUUUCCAGAUUACUACCCCCACAACCUGAACUGUACCUGGACCAUAGAGAUGUCCCAUGGGAAAGGUGUGCAGUUCACCUUCCACACUUUCCACCUGGAGAGUCCUCAUGACCAGCUGCUGGUGACGGAGAACGGGAGCUUCGCUCGGCCCCUGUGGAGCCUGACGGGGGCGUCUCUGCCCCCCCCACUCAACGCCGGCCUGUUCGGCAACUUCACCGCGCAGAUCCGCUUCCUGUCCGACUUCUCUGUCUCCUACGAGGGCUUCAACAUCACCUUCACAGAUUAUGACCUGGAGCCGUGUGAGGACCCGGGGGUGCCCCCGUUCAGCAGCAGGAAGGGGGCGCAGUACGGAGUGGGGGACUCCCUGUCCUUCUCCUGCCUCCCGGGGUACAGGCUGGAGGGGUGGGGGCGCGUUACCUGCCUGGGGGGCCGCAGGAAGGUGUGGAGCGCCGCUCUGCCCAGGUGUGUGGCUGAGUGUGGGUCCUCGGUGACUGGCAGGCAGGGAGUGCUGCUCUCUCCUAACUACCCAGCGUACUACAGCAACAACCACGAGUGCGUCUACUCCAUCCGCACCCAGCCCGGGCACGGGGUGCACCUCAGAGCCAGGGACUUCCACCUGCAGCCAGGGGACCUGCUCAAGGUGUACGACGGCAGCAGUAAUGCAGACCGCUUGCUGGGUGUGUUCUCGGGGAGGGAGUUCCUGGGUGUGACUCUGAACAGCACAUCCAGCUCCAUGUGGCUGGAGUUCAUCAGCAACGCAGCAAACACCAGCAAGGGCUUCCAACUCCACUUCACCAGUUUUGAGCUGUUGAAGUGUGAGGACCCUGGGGUGCCCCUGUACGGGUAUAAGAAAGAGGAUCGGGGUCACUUUGCGGGCAGCAGGGUGUCGUACGGCUGUGAGUUGGGGUACACCCUGCGGGGCUCGGAGGAGCUGACCUGCCUGAGGGGGGAUCGCCGGGCCUGGAACAGCCCCCUCCCACAGUGUGUCGCGGAGUGUGGAGGGGAGGUUAAGGGCGAGUCGUCUGGCCGUCUUCUCUCUCCCGCGUACCCAGCGCCGUACGAACACAACCUCAACUGCGUCUGGACCGUACAGGCAGUACCUGGCAGCACUAUCGGGCUGCAUUUCCUGGUGUUCGAUACGGAGGAGGUGCACGACGUGCUGCGGAUUUGGGACGGCCCCCAGGAGGGCGGGGUCCUGCUGCGGGAGCUCAGUGGCUCCGCCCUCCCCGCGGACAUCCAGAGCACCUUCAACACCGUCACCCUCCUCUUCACCUCCGACUUCUUCACCAGCAAGCAGGGAUUCGUACUGCAGUUCUCCAUCUCUGCGGCCACUUCCUGUAACGAUCCGGGCAUGCCCACUAACGGCACGCGCAGCGGGGACAGCCGAGAGCCGGGGGACCACAUGCUGUUCCAGUGUGAUCCCGGGUACAUCCUGCAGGGGGAGCCCAGGAUCACCUGCACAGAGAUCAAUGGCCGCUACUUCUGGCAACCCAGCCCUCCUACCUGCACAGCUCCCUGCGGGGGGAACCUCACAGGCCCUGGGGGCCUCAUCCUGUCCCCGGAGUACCCGGAGCUCUACCCCCACGGCCAGGAGUGCGACUGGACGGUCACCGUGUCACCUGACCACAUCAUCGCCCUCACCUUCAUCCAGUUCAGCCUGGAGACCAGCUAUGACUUCCUGCACAUCUACGACGGGCCCGACUCGCUGAGCCCCCUGCUGGGCAGCUUCUACGGCAGCGAGGCGCCCGAGCACAUCGAGAGCAGCUCCAACACGCUCUUCCUUGCCUUCCGCAGUGACGCCUCCCUCAGCAGCAAUGGCUUUGUGCUGCAGUACACAGAGAACCCCAGGGAGUCGUGCUUCGAACCCGGGCAGGUGAGGAACGGGACGCGUCAUGGUAACGACCUGAAGUUGGGCACCACGGUCACCUUCUCCUGCGACAGCGGCUACGUGAUCGAAGGAGAUUCCACCCUCACCUGCAUUAUGGGGGUCGAUGGCAAGCCCAACUGGAACAUGCCACCCCCCACCUGCACAGCUCCUUGUGGUGGGCAGUACUCUGGACUGGAGGGUGCAGUGUUAUCGCCGGGUUACCCUGGCAACUAUAGCAGCGGGAAGAGCUGCUUGUACUCUGUGACUGUGCCAAGGGAUUAUGUGGUGUUCGGCCAGUUCGCAUUCUUCCAGACGGCGCUGAACGACGUGGUGGAGGUGUACGAUGGCGCCACUCAGCAUGCCCGAAUCCUGAGCUCGCUGUCCGGUGCCCACACAGGCGAGGCUCUGCCCCUGGCCACCUCCCACCAGAUCCUGGUGCGCUUCCUGUCCAGAGGGAAGGCUACUGCCCGAGGGUUUCACCUGGUCUACCAAGCAGUGCCCAGGACGAGCGGGACGCAGUGCAGCUCGGUCCCGGAGCCUCGAAACGGCAGGCGGCUGGGCAGCAGCUUCUCUGUGGGGGCGCUGGUGCGCUUCCAGUGCAGUCCCGGCUACAUCCUGCAGGGGGCGUCAGCCAUACAGUGCGAGACGGUGCCCAACGCGCUGGCCCAGUGGAACAGCACUGUGCCCAGCUGCAUCGUUCCCUGUGGGGGGAAUCUGACUCAGCGGACUGGGACUAUUCUUUCUCCUGGUUAUCCUGUGGAAUCCAGGUUCCUGAACAGCCUGACAGCUUGUGUGAAAAUCCCUUUACCGGAAGAUCUAAGGAUCCAGGUCAGAAGCUUUGUAACAGAGCAUAACUGGGACUCUUUGGAGGUGUUUGAUGGAGGUGAUAACACAGACACUCUCCUGGGCAGCUUCUCUGGUACCACCGUUCCCGCCCUGCUGAACAGCACGUCCAACCAGCUGUACCUGCACUUCUUCUCUGACAUCAGCGUCUCAGCGGCGGGCUUUCAGCUGGAGUACAAGACCGUGUCCCUCUCCAGCUGUGCGGAGCCGGUGGUGCCCAUGAACGGGCUGAAGGUGGGGGAGCGGCUGCAGAUGAACAGCGUGGUGUCCUUCCAGUGUGAGCCAGGGUACACCCUGCAGGGACACGCCCACAUCUCCUGCAUGCCGGGACCCGUCAGGCGCUGGAACUUUCCGCCCCCCCUCUGCAUUGCCGAAUGUGGGGGAACUCGGGAGGAGAUGGAGGGAUGGAUACUGAGUCCUGGUUUCCCAGGAAACUAUCCUAGCAACAGUGACUGCAGCUGGAGCAUCUUCCUGCCCGUGGGACACGGCGCCCACCUCCACUUCCUCAACUUCUCCACCGAGGCGAACCACGACUUCCUGGAGAUCCGCAACGGCCCCUUUGAGACCAGCUCUGUGAUUGGCCGCUUCAGCGGGCAGGAAGUCCCCGCCUCCCUGCUCACCACUUCCCACGAGACCACGGUGUACUUUCACAGCGACCACUCCCAGAACCGACCCGGCUUCCGGUUCCGAUACCGGGCCUAUGAGCUGCAGGAAUGCCCGGACCCAGAGCCGUUUGGGCACGGGGUGGUGGUGGGUUCUGGGUACAACGUGGGCCAGUCCAUCUCCUUCCAGUGCCACCCUGGGUACACGCUCACCGGCCACGCCCUCCUCACCUGCCAGCAUGGGACCACCCGCAGCUGGGACCACCCCUUCCCCAGGUGUGAAGCGACCUGCGGGGGCAACGUCACCUCGGACCAGGGGGUCAUUCUCUCCCCGGGCUUCCCUGAGGACUACCCCAGCCCGGCCGACUGCACCUGGCUGGUCACCGUGACAACGGGCAUGGGGGUGCUGCUCAAUGUCACCGUGCUCCAGGUGCAUGGACCCCAUGAUGUCAUCACGGUGUGGGAUGGAGCUCAGCAGACGGCCCGCAGGCUGGCUGUGUUCCCUGGGGGGGAGCUGGGGGCCACGCCCAGCAGCACCUCCAAUCAGGUCCUCAUUCGUUUCCGUAGCGACACAGAGAGGGGCGGAUUCUUCAGGAUCUCCUAUCAGGCCUACAGGCUGCAGUACUGCCUGCCCCCUCCCGCCGUCCCCAAUGCUGAGCUCAUUCUGGGCAGCCAGGACUUCAGGAUGGGGGACAUGGUGCGGUACCAGUGCCUGCCUGGGUACCAGCUCACCGGCAACAACAUCCUCACCUGCAGGCUGGGUACUCACCUGGAGUUCCAGGGCCCGCCUCCUUCCUGUGAGGUGCCGUGCCCGGCCGGUGAGGUUCUGACGGACUCCGCAGGGCUGAUCCUGAGCCAGCCCCCAGCCCUGGCCUCCGCCCAGUUCCACACCUGCUCCUGGCUCCUGCAGGUGGAGCUGGGCUACAACGUGUCCCUGGACGUCCAGCUGUUUCAGACCAGCCACCAGGUGGACGAGAUGGAGAUCUUCGACGGCCCCUCCCGCCAGAGCCCGCUGCUCGCCACGCUGAGCGGGAACUACUCCGCCCCCCUCAGCGUCACCAGCUCCUCCAAUAGCGUCCUCCUGCACUGGACCUCAGACCACGCCUCCGGCCACAAGGCCUUCCGGAUUCGCUACUCAGCGGCGUACUGCAGCCCCCCCGCGCCCCCCAACAAUGGUUCGGUCCACAGCGUGACAGGCAGCGCUCCCGGCAGCACCCUGCAGUUCAGCUGCGACCCAGGCUUCCACCUGAUUGGACAGAGCAGCGCUACCUGCAGCCACACACCCCAGGGCCUGUACCAAUGGAGCGCCCCAACACCUCUCUGUCAGGUGGUGUCCUGCGGCAUGCCCUUGGCUCCGGAGAACGGUACGGUCUUCGGCCAGGACUACACCUGUGGCUCCACAGCCUUCUACCGCUGCAACCCAGGCUUCCGAUUGGCUGACGGCCACGCUCCGUCCAUCGUCUGCGAGGAAACUGGGAGGUGGAGUCCCAGCGAUGCCCCGCCCCCCUGUACAGUGGUGACCUGCCCUGACAUUGGCCUGUCCUCAGUGCACCAUGGGAGAUGGAGGCUGAUCUACGGCACCCACAAUCAGUUCAACGCGGCGAUGAUGCUGACCUGUGACCCCGGAUACUACUACAGGGGUCAGAGGGUCAUUCGUUGCCAAGCCAACGGGACAUGGGAUUACCCAAACCCUAGACCUUCCUGUAGCAUUAUUUCCUGUGGGACUCUGGGAAUUCCAGUCAAUGGGAAUAAGAUUGGGACCCUGACGGUGUAUGGAGCCACUGCCAUCUUCUCAUGCAAUACCGGCUACACUCUGGUGGGGGCACAGGUGCGAGAGUGCCUGUCCAACGGCCUGUGGAGUGGAGCACCAGCUCGAUGCCUGGUGGGACACUGCGGUCCUCCUGAGCCCCUGGUUAAUGGGCAGGUGGUGGGGGAGAACUAUAACUACCGGGGCAGCGUGGUGUACCAGUGCAGCCCCGGCUUCCGGCUGAUCGGUGUGUCCGUGCGCAUCUGUGAGCAGCAGCACCGCUGGUCCGGCAGACCCCCCGUGUGUGUCCCCAUUACCUGUGGUCACCCGGGCAACCCCACUAAUGGCAUGACCCAUGGCGCCAAGUUCAACCUCAACGACAUUGUUCAGUUUGUGUGCAACACCGGAUACAGCCUAGAGGGGGCGCUCACAUCCCACUGCCAGCCCAACGGCCAAUGGAGCAACUCUCUACCGACCUGUAAAACUGUGAGCUGCGCAGACCCUGGGUAUGUGGAGAACAGUGCUCGGCAGGUCCUCCCCAGCGGCCCGCUGCGUUUCAGCUUCCAGACGGCGGUGUCCUACACCUGCAGCCCCGGCUACUACCUGCUGGGCACCGCCUCCCUGUCCUGCCAGGGGGACGGAACCUGGGACCGCUCCAAACCCAAAUGCCUCCUGGUGCUGUGUGACCAGCCCGGGGUUCCACCCCACGGGCAGGUUUCUGGGGACGGGCGCACGGUGGGCUCUGUGGUCCGGUACAGCUGCGCGGCCCAGCAUGCCCUCAUAGGGAACGCCACCCGCAUGUGCCAGCUCAACGGGCACUGGAGCGGGUCUGUGCCCCACUGCUCUGGAGACUCAGGGGGUGCGUGUGGAGACCCGGGGGUCCCGGUGCGGGGGAUUCGGUUGGGGGAGGAGUUUUCCGUGGGGAGCACACUGAGGUUCAGCUGUGAGCCGGGGUACUUCCUCAGGGGCGCCCCCGAGCGCACCUGUCACCCCAACGGCACGUGGGGGGGCACCCAGCCCGAGUGCCACGUUCUGUCCUGCGGCAAUCCUGGAACUCCCCGGAAUGCCAGGAUCCUGCUCCACGACGAGCCGGUCUUCUCCCGCUCCAUCACCUACGCCUGCCGGGAGGGGUACUACUCCUCCGCCCUGCUCACCCGCCACUGCACCGUCAACGGCACCUGGACCGGGAGCAUGCCCGAGUGCACAGUGAUAAACUGUGGAGACCCCGGGGUUCCCGCCAACGGUAUGAGGUUUGGGAACGACUUCACCUUCGACCACAGCGUGAGGUUCCAGUGCGCCCCCGGAUUCAGCAUGGAGGGGGACCCCGCGUCCAGCCUGGUCUGCACCAAGGACCGCACCUGGAACGGGACCAGGCCCGUCUGCAGAGCCAUCAUGUGCGGUUCGCCCCCCAGCAUCCCGAACGGGCGGGUGGUGGGCUCGGAGUUCCAGUGGGGCAGCAGCGUGGCGUACGCCUGUGUGGAGGGAUACCAGCUCUCCCUGCCCGCCUCGCUCACCUGCCAGGGCACGGGCCAGUGGAGCGGGGAGCGGCCGCAGUGCUUCCCUGUGUUCUGUGGAGAUCCUGGGGUUCCCGCUGAGGGGCGCAGGGACGAUCGGGGGUUCACCUACCUGUCCUCGGCGGUGUUCUCCUGCUUCCCGCCGCUGGUGCUGGUGGGCUCGGCGCGGCGGUACUGCCAGGCGGAUGGGACGUGGAGCGGGACGCAGCCCUCCUGCAUAGACCCCACCCACACCAGCUGCGCCGACCCAGGGGCGCCUCUGUUCGGACAUGUCAACAACUCUCAGGGCUACCAGAUCGGCAGCACGCUCUUCUUCAGCUGUAGGAAGGGCUACCUGCUUCAGGGCUCCAUCUCCCGCACCUGCCUGCCCAACCUCACCUGGAGCGCCACCCAGCCAGAGUGUGUGGCGCACCACUGCAGUCAGCCAGACCUGCCCCCCCAUGCUGACGUUAGCGCUAUCGAGCUGCCCUCGGUGGGAUACACCUUCAUCUACACCUGCCAGCCAGGCUUCUACCUGACCGGCGGCUCGGAGCACAGAACCUGCCGGUCCGAUGGGAGCUGGACAGGAAAAGCCCCGCUCUGCACAGCUGAUAACAGACCGAGUGGUACUACCUUUGGAACGAUUCAAGAGUCACCCGAUCCUAAACUCCCAGUGCCUGUGGGUGUGUUUGCAAAACACUCGCAGUGGAAGGGUUCGUAUGAGUACCUGGGGAAGAAGCAGCCGGCCAUGCUGACUGUGACGCUCUUCGAUCCCGUCAGUAACCAUGUCAACUGCACUCUGACGGACCACAGCGGCGUGGAGCUCAAGCUGUCCGGGGUCUACAGGAGUGAAGAGUCUCACUUGCUGCUCCAGGUGCAUCAGAUCCGGGGCCCUGUGGAGAUCUUUGUGCACAAGUUCAAGAGCGAGAACUGGGCUUUGGAUGGACACGUGAGUCACAGCCAUGCUCCUUACAUACACACAGCCAGAGAGAGAGAGAGACAAUAAACCAAUCAAUCAAUCAAUAAAUCAGUCAAUUAAUCAAUAAAUCAGCCAUCAAUCAGUGACUUAAUAAAUCAUUCAAUCAAUCAAUCAGUCAUAUAAUCAAUAAAUCAGUCAAUCAGUCAACCAAUCAUGUGGACUACAGUCCACAGUACUCAAACAUAUUGCAGCACACAUUGACUCUGACACUUGCAGGUGUGCUGUGUGAGUGCAGGUGACUGAUCUCAGGUGUGCUGUGUGAGGGUGACUG